UAGGUUUUGAUUAACAUACCGUUUGAUCAAUUAUUGAGUUUGUGUAGAUUGAAUAACUUUAAUAUAUCAAUAGAAUUAAUUCAAUCAAACUGAUCGGCUGAGAAAACUCGGUGGUUUGAAUAAAAAAAAAAAUACUUUUGUUAUCGUGGUUAUUUUUUAUAUAUAGACGACAUCUCUCUUUGUCAGUCGCGUGGGUUUUAUCUAUUCGCAUUCUCCCCAGAGAAAUUUAUAAUUCAAAAGGUUCGGUCGUUGAACUAACAACCCCUUUCGUUAUUACUUUAUACGAAAUGCUUUUGAGUGAUGUACAGUUUUCCAUUAGUCAGUUUUUGCGUGCAUCGUCAUGUGCAACCCUUUCCGAGUAAAUGACACUGUCGCCGUAUUUGUGUUCAGCUCAUUUGACCGACAGUGGCAAAAGGCUGCAGCCGUCGUGUUAACUUACCUAUUAACCUACCCAUAAAAUAUAUUAUACGUAUUACACCGCACUCUUGGUCGUCUCUGGAGACAAUGUAUACGGUUUUUGCCACGGAACAGGUCGUUGUACUAAGACAGUAAUAAAUAUUAUACGCCUUUGAGUGUUCUCCUUUUCGCUGUGGUAUACCAGGUGUCUGCAGAACAGUGAUGCAGCGGGGCCCAGCCCAAUUGAGUUCCGUGUCAGACCUGUACGUUAGCGACGAAAUAUCGGUUCUGCUCGAAGAGAUCCACGACUUGGAACCAAAGGGCAACAUCGCUCCCAUCGACGACGAACAAGAAUUCGAGAUCAACGGCAGCCAGACCGGAGGAUCGUGGCUGGAAGUCACCAACAGCAUGGCAGGCACGCCGGGAUCAUGGGAUUCCCACGCUAACUACAAACAUCAGGAGGCGUCUAGGGCCAGGUACAACGGGGUGGUGUUGCACUACGACAAAAGGCCAAUGAAAACACCGUCAGGCGUCAUUCGAGUUCUACUGUUGGUCACCUGUGUCUUGUGCAUGUUAUGUCUGUGCUUUGCCGGCACUUCCAGGUUGGCAUUGUUCAUGUUACCAAUGCUUAAUCGGAUACGAUUCAUACUGUUCGUCACAUUAUUCAAUUUUCUAGUAACUGGAGCUAUUCUUUUUUUGGAUGUCACGCACAUCGUAUACCUAUUUCCGUUCAACUGGGGAAAAUUGAAUGUACUGUUUUACGUCAUGAUGACCAUAUUGUGUCUCACAAGCUCCUCGCUAGUCCUUCAUCAAGUAUAUUCAUUUCAUGAGUUUUAUACGUGGGUACCGCGUGCUACACGCCAUCAAUUGCUCGUUGCUGCAGCUUUAGGUUAUUUGUGCGCACUGGAAACGUUGUUGCUGGCCUUGCUGAGUCGCUGUGAUGGUUUAGGCGGCCUACAUUACCGCCAAGUUAAAGAUGAUAUGACAAGUCCCCCAAAUACAUUGGCUCUGCGUCAAAGAAUUCCUCCACCGCCCACUGUAGUAUAUUCACCAUCACCGUCUCCUUCAUUUUGCUUGCGGUCCAUCAACCCCAAAUCAUAAUCACUGGUAUAUUUACCUAUGAAAGAAAUAUUUCACUCAGAAACUUACAAAAGUUGCAACUAUAAACUACUUUCUAUAAACCUUAAUACAUAAUAUACAUAAUAUGUAUUGUGGUUUUGUGUGUGGAAUUAAAUUAUGACCAAUUUAAAAAGUAUUAUUAAAUUAUAAGAAUUCCCAAAAAUACUUCAUAUAUUUUUGUACCAAAAAAUGUCUUAUACUAGGUUUUUAUUUAUUAACAUUGAUGUAUUUUCAAAUUUUUACCUUUUUUAAUUCACACAUUUGUUAUUAAUUAUUAUUUAUUAUAAACAAAGUUCUUGGGAUUAUCAUUCAGUAUAUUAAACUAUUUGACCAAAUUAAUAAUUUUUAGAUUUGAUUUUCAUUAAACGAGUGUAUUUUUACUUUCUUAUUACUUUCCAUGUAUUCUCAUCUUGAAUAUAUUUAUUUAUAUUGUUAAAGUAUAAGUUUUUUUAUUAUUGGCCGUCCACUUAAAAUAGAUAAUUAUUGUGCGCUUUACACAGCUACUGAAUAAAAAGCUGUGGUGCUUUUCAAAAUCUAGGUUAUUUCUGUCUAAACCAUUAAAACUAAAAAGCUUUCAAUGUUAUUUUUUAUUAUAAUAUAUUCUCUAACAUAACUUUGCAUAGAUGCUAGUUAUGUAAUCAAUCAAUUUAAUAUUUUAACUAAAAAAAGUAUAAACAAUCUAAUUCUUUUCUUUCUUAAUUAUUUUUAAAAGGGCUUAAGUAUACUGACAAGCUUGUAUAGUUGUAUAUGAAUACUCAUCAUCCAUUUAAUUAAGUACUUUAAUUGAACCAUAACGAUCAAUUUACCAAGUUAAAUUUAAAGUCAUCUAAUAACUAUGAGAAAAUUAAUGUAAUCAAACAAAAUUCAAUGUACUCAUUACUUAUUAGAAACCAAAGUUCCCAAAAUUUUGUCAUAUCAUUGUAUAGCUAAAAUAUUAUGUGGUCUGAAAUAUACUAGUCAAAACAAAUAUAGGUUUUACUGUUCAUAUUUUAAGUUAAAUUACACUUUUUUAUCACUUAAUUAUAUAACUAUUGACAUAGCUGAUAUUUCAUUGUUUUUAAAUGUUUAACUAUAUACUAAUAGUGUGGUUUAAUGAUGUAUAGGGACAAAUUUUAGUUGGUGCUUUCAAUCUUAUACAUUAUCAGUUCACUAUUGUCACUACACUUUUGCUCAACAAUUUGUGGCAAGAGCAUAGUAUGUUUACUACAAAUGUAUCCCUGUAUUACCAUAAUCAUUAAUCUACAGUAUUAGGUUGUAAAGUACAAAAUUAUAUUAACACAUUAGUUUAAUCACUCGUAUAAUAGCCUUGUUUACAAUGUAUGUGACGCAAAUUGAAAAAAUAAAGUGUAAUUGUAAUAAUAAUAAUUAUUAGAAACUAUUAUAUUUAAUACAACAUUUUUACUUAAAAUGUAUUUGGCUGGUGUGCAAUUUGAGCAUGAUAUUUAUUUAAGCGAUGUCAUUGUUACAUGUAUACUUAAUACUUAUAUAUGAAAUAUUCAAAAUUAACCCAUCUGUUUAUUAUUUUUUGUCAAAAUGUUUUAUAAUAUAAUAGUGUUUAUAAGUUACUUAUCUUUAUUUUAUUUUUUGCAAUGAAUAAUACUAAAAAAUAUGUAAUUAAUAAAAUUUCAAUUACAAUGUGAAUAAUGUGAUUAUUGUCAUAUUAUUUUAAAUGAAAAUUUAGUUUUUUUAGGUAUACACUAGUGUUACCGUCCUUAAUAUUAAUUGUCUAAUAAUUAAAAUAUAUUUAUCAAAAUAUUUUUAUAUGAUGGUUACUAUAAUAUAUCAUUGAAGGUACAAUAUAAUUGUUUGUCGUACAUAUAAGUGAUGGUUGGUUGUGAAGGAAACUGUAUGUUGAAUGGGUAUUAAUAAUAGUUAAAUAAAUAAUGCAGUUUGUAAAAAAUAUAACUUUCAUUUGAUUGUGAAUUAUAUUUAAGUUAAAUAGUUACAUUCUUGACUCAAAGCAUGUCAUGUUUCAUAAUAGUACACUUGAUUGUAUAGUAGUACUCUAAAUGUUGAAACUACGAUUAGUUUUAAGUUAAAUUUUACUAUGUUUAGUGUUUACCAUUCCUUUUCAUACCUUGUUAAUUUUGCACAUUAUUUUAUUUUCACAUAACUAAUCAUAAUAACUUAUAUUCUGUGGAAAAUUUUGCUUGAACCGAUAAAAUUUUGGCUAUGCAUUUUUUAUAUACAGUGGAACCUUGAUAAGUCCAAAUUCAAGGGAAAUUCAAUUUUUUUGACUUACUAAGGUUGGAUUAGGUAAGGGAACAGCAUUUAUUUUGACUUAUUGAGGUUCCACUGUAUAUUUAUUACACUAUCAACACUAAAUAUUUAAAUAAGAAAUCUGAUAAUGAUUAUAAUAUAAUAAUAUAAUACAAUAUAAUAUUAUUAUUUAUGCAUAUAUUAUAAUAAUAUUUAUGAGUUUAUUUCAUAUCGUCACCGUCGUGCAAAAAGUGCCUAAAUGAAAUUUGAACUUUGUUGGGAAACCACAAUUGAAUAUUCAUAAUAGUCUGGAAAUUAAACACUCGGUCAAAAUACAACAGCCCAUAACUUGGUAUAUAUUUAACAUUUUUACUUGGUCGUUUUUUCUACAGUUGAAGGAGGACUAUGGUAACUAUAUUUGGCCAUAUUAUUUCACUUGGUCACUUUUUGCACGACGGCGACAAUAUAUAUUUAAAAAAAAAAA